GGAAAUAUUUCCAGGCAAUCCGGGCCUGGUUGUGGAGGCCCCCUUCGCAAAACAUCAGUCUGAAUUUAGUAGACAGAAGUCACUAGGAACGCCUUGACAGAGCCCUGCUUGAGCUAAGGCUCCCUCCAGCUGCGGAGGGUGUUUUUGUUAGAAUCACACACACUGCGUAAAACCGCUUAGAAUAGAGCCAUGAUCUCAGCCACGAAAUGUGAACUUAUAUUCUGGAGAAACUAACGGGGACGGACUUCUCUCAGAGCCCGCGUGUUGAUCAGUGCCAUGCCCUGGCGUCUCAGCUCCUCGUUGUCUAGAUGGUGAAAUGGCAAAACACUGUUUUAUUCAAUCAGUGAAUUUUAAGGACUCCUUCAUCGCGUUCCCUGUCUUUUAGCCCAAUAUGGAAUAUAUCUCUCUGUCUGUUGUUAAACUACGAUGACAUGUCUGUAGCCAUCAGAAAGAGAAGCUGGGAAGAACAUGUGACCCAAUGGAUGGGGCUGCCUUGUAAUUCUGAUGGUUGUAAUGCGGCAUGUCAUCAUGGACUAGGAGCUGACAGCGUGCAGGCAAUUAUGGAAAAAGAUGCAGCUCUAAAUGUGGACCUCAAGGAGAGGUGUGUUUCACUACCAGAUUGCUGUCAUGGAUCAGAGCUGAGGGAUUUCCCUGGGAGGCCAAUGGAUGGCAUCUCAAAGGAAGUGGAUGAAACUGACAGCCAAGAAGGCGACGAGCAGUUUCUUUCUCUGGAGGCCAGCACAGAAACAUUAGUACAUGUUUCUGAUGAAGAUACUGAUUCUGAUCUGUAUCUUAUGGAUGGCAAACAAAUUUUGACUACUCAAGGGUAUGAAAUGGCAGAUCACCAUAGCAUUGUAGGAGCAGGUCCCUUGGCUAAGGUGCUGCCAAUUGUGGAAAGUCACCAAAAUUCUUAUAACUCCUGGGGAGUUUUAGAAACAACUGGCAAACCUGAUUUAUCGCCGGUGGAAGAAAGUGGGGAGAGAAAAUUUGUUGGCAUAAGUAAAAACCUGGAGCUUUGUAAUGAGAUAAACUUAAGUGAAAUAAAAGAUGCACCCAAAGUAAAUGCAUGUGAUUCUUUGAAUGCAAAAAAUAUUGUGCCUGAGAAGCAACUGCUUAAUUCUGCCAUAAUUGCUCAGCAAAGAAGGAAAUCUGACUUCCCUAAAGAUGGACAUGAAAGAAAUCCCUGCAGUGUAGUACAAGAUGAGCUCUCUGCUACUCCUUAUGCAGAGAGAGGGCUGCCAUUAUCAAAAGCAGAUUCUGGGAGCUGCCUUGCACAGCCUCCUUCCUGCCCCAGUGGAAUGUCAGCUGAAAAUGGCCUGGAGAAGGGUGAUUUCUCAGAACAUCAAAACAAAAGUCUUCUAAAGGUCAGCGCAAGAGAUGGCAUGCAGUGUUUACACUUAAAGGAGACUCUGGCCACCCAGGAACCAGCAGAUAACCAAGUCAGACUUCGCAAAAAAAAGGAAAUAAGAGAAGACCGAGAUAGGACACGGCUAGACUCUAUGGUGCUGCUAAUUAUGAAACUGGACCAACUCGAUCAGGACAUCGAGAACGCUCUCAGCAGCAGCUCCUCUCCAUCCAGCACACCGACGAACCUGCGGCGGCACGUCCCUGAUAUGGAAUCAGGAUCUGAAAGUGGGGCUGAUACCAUUUCAGUAAAUCAGAUACAAAUAAAUCUGUCUUCUAACACCGAGUCUGCUGACCUACCAUCUCCCACCCCAGUGACCAUCUCUGGAACCAAACCCAAGGCUAUGGCUAUUCCAGGUAUUGCAGAAAAGGAAAAGGCUGAAAUCGAGGCCAAGGAAGCUUGUGACUGGCUGCGGGCCACAGGGUUUCCCCAGUAUGCACAGCUUUAUGAAGAUCUCCUGUUUCCCAUUGAUAUUACCUUGGUCAAGAGAGAGCAUGAUUUUUUGGACAGAGAUGCCAUUGAGGCUUUAUGCAGGCGUCUAAAUACUUUAAACAAAUGUGCGGUGAUGAAGCUAGAAAUUAGUCCUCAUCGGAAGAGAAGCGAGGAUUCGGACGAGGAUGAGCCUUGUGCAAUAAGUGGCAAAUGGACUUUCCAGAGGGAUAGCAAGAGGUGGUCCCGCCUUGAAGAGUUUGAUGUCUUUUCUCCAAAGCAGGACCCAGUCCCUGGGUCCCCAGACGAUUCCCACCUGCAGACUGCCACGAGCCAUGAAAGCAUGCUGACAGACCUCAGUGAGCGCCACGAGGUGUCCUCUGUCCGCAGCCUCAGCAGCACCAGCAGCCUCCCCAGCCAGGCCCCCCACGACGCGGAAGCUGCCACACCCCGGACAAACUCCGUCAUCAGCGUCUGCUCCUCCAGCCACUUUGUGGGCAAUGACGACUCUUUCUGCAGCCUGCCCUCUCCCAAGGAACUGUCCAGCUUCAGCUUUAGCAUGAAGGGCCACGAGAAGAGCACCAAGUCCAAGACGCGCAGUCUGCUGAAAAGAAUGGAGAGCCUGAAGCUCAGGGGUUCCCACCACGGCAAGCACAAAGCACCCCCCAAGCUGGGGCUCAUCAUCAGUGGGCCCAUUCUGCAGGAGGGUAUGGACGCGGAAAAGCUGAAGCAGCUGAAUUGCGUGGAGAUCUCCGCCCUCAACGGCAACCACAUCAACGUCCCCAUGGUACGAAAGAGGAGCAUUUCCAGCUCCACGCAGACCAGCAGUAGCAGCAGCCAGUCCGACACCAGCAGUGCUGUCAGCACCCCAAGUCCCGUCACCCGGACCCGUAGCCUCAGCGCCUGCAGCAAGCGGGUGGGCAUGUACCUAGAGGGCUUUGACCCUUUCAAUCAGUCAACUUUCAACAACGUGAUGGAGCAGAACUUUAAAAACUGUGAGAGCUACCCAGAGGACACGGUGUUCUACAUCCCAGAAGACCACAAACCCGGCACUUUCCCCAAGGCCCUCUCCAAUGGCAGUUUCUCUCCCUCGAGAAACAACACCUCCGUGAACUGGAGGACUGGAAGCUUCCACGGCCCUGGCCAUAUCAGCCUGAGGAGAGAAAACAGCAACGACAGCCCCAAGGACCUGAAGAGACGCAACUCCUCCAGCUCCGUGAGCAGCCGCCUGAGUAUCUAUGACAACGUGCCGGGUUCCCUCCUCUACUCCAGUUCGGGGGAUCUGGCCGACCUGGAGAAUGAGGACAUCUUCCCCGAGCUGGAUGACAUCCUCUACCACGUGAAGGGGAUGCAGCGGAUAGUCAACCAGUGGUCAGAGAAGUUUUCAGACGAGGGCGACUCUGACUCGGCCCUAGACUCGGUCUCUCCUUGCCCGUCAUCUCCAAAACAGAUACACCUCGAGGUGGACAAUGAUCGAACCACACCCAGCGACCUGGACAGCACAGGCACCUCACUGAAUGAGCCUGAGGAGCCCUCAGACAUCCCGGAAAGAAGGGAUUCUGGGGUUGGGGCUUCCCUGACAAGGUCCAAUAGGCCCAGGCUGAGAUGGCACAGCUUCCAGAGCUCUCAUCGGCCGAGCUUAAACUCUGUGUCGCUGCAGAUUAACUGCCAGUCUGUGGUCCAGAUGAACCUGCUGCAGAAAUACUCGCUCUUAAAGUUGACGGCCCUGCUGGAAAAAUACACACCUUCUAACAAGCACGGAUUUAGCUGGGCUGUGCCCAAGUUCAUGAAAAGGAUCAAGGUCCCAGAUUACAAGGACCGGAGCGUGUUCGGGGUCCCUCUGACCAUCAACGUGCAACGCACGGGGCAGCCCCUGCCGCAGAGCAUCCAGCAGGCCAUGCGCUACCUCCGCAACCAUUGUCUGGAUCAGGUCGGGCUCUUCAGAAAAUCAGGUGUCAAAUCCCGGAUUCAGGCUCUGCGCCAGAUGAACGAAAGUGCCGCGGAUUGUGUCAGCUACGAGGGGCAGUCUGCUUACGACGUGGCCGACAUGCUGAAGCAGUAUUUCCGAGAUCUCCCUGAGCCACUUAUGACAAACAAACUCUCAGAAACCUUCCUACAGAUCUACCAAUAUGUGCCCAAGGACCAACGCCUCCAGGCCAUCAAGGCCGCCAUUAUGCUCCUGCCCGAUGAGAACCGGGAGGUGCUACAGACGCUGCUUUAUUUCCUGAGCGAUGUCACGGCAGCGGUGAAAGAAAACCAGAUGACCCCCACCAACCUCGCCGUGUGCUUAGCGCCUUCCCUCUUCCACCUCAACACCCUCAAGAGAGAGAAUUCUUCUCCAAGGGUGAUGCAAAGAAAACAAAGUUUGGGCAAACCCGAUCAGAAAGAUUUGAAUGAAAACCUCGCUGCAACACAAGGGCUGGCCCACAUGAUUGCCGAGUGCAAGAAGCUUUUCCAGGUACCUGAGGAAAUGAGCCGAUGUCGAAAUUCCUAUACUGAACAAGAGCUGAAGCCCCUCACUCUGGAAGCAUUGGGACGCCUAAGCGACGAGGAGUCGGCCGGCUAUCACCACUUCCUCCAGGACUGUGUGGACAGUCUGUUUAAAGAGGUCAAAGAGAAGUUUAAAGGCUGGGUCAGCUGCUCUACUUCCGAGCAGGCGGAACUGUCCUAUAAGAAGGUGAGUGAAGGGCCCCCUCUGAGGCUUUGGAAGUCAACCAUCGAGGUCCCUGCUGUGCCUGAGGAUAUCUUAAAGCGCCUCCUUAAAGAGCAGCACCUCUGGGACAUAGACCUGUUGGAUUCAAAAGUGAUUGAAAUUCUGGACAGCCAAACCGAAAUUUACCAGUAUGUCCAAAAUAGUAUGGCACCCCAUCCUGCUCGGGACUACGUUGUUUUGAGAACCUGGAGAACUAACUUACCCAAAGGAGCAUGUGCCCUUUUACUCACCUCCGUGGAUCACGACCGAGCACCUGUGGCGGGCGUGCGGGUUAACGUACUCCUGUCCAGGUAUCUGAUUGAACCCUGCGGGUCAGGAAAGUCCAAACUCACCUACAUAUGCAGAGCUGAUUUAAGAGGCCACAUGCCAGAGUGGUAUACCAAAUCUUUUGGACAUUUGUGUGCAGCCGAGGUUGUAAAGAUCCGGGACUCUUUCAGCAGUCAGAACACUGAGACUAAAGACAACAAAUCUAGGUGAUUACUGAGGCAAAGCAACUGCAUCUGCCACCCAAGGGUUUGUUUCUAGAACACUUGCAAGUUCUUAGACGCAUGGGUCUUUCCCAAAACAAAGGAAACUACAAGUUGGACUGUAGGAGUAGAGAUUUGAUACAUUUUUAAAGCUGCUUCCUGUUUGUUUAAGGUCUAUGUUAUAGAUCUUAACUGGAAUGUAUAAGACUCUGCAAAAAAAAAUGUAUUUGUAUUCUUAUUCAAAUUGCUUCUGAGAAGCAAAACUCUUUAAAUACAUUAUGGAAGAUGAUGAAGAUAUUUCAUUCUCUUGUGGUAUUGGUGUAUGUCAUUUUAUUUGCAGUGUGUUGAGGGACUGGUGUAUCCACUGGAAUAGUUGGUACUCUUUGACAUGUUUUUUCACUGAGAUGAGCAAAGAAAGGUUUGCACAGAGGAAUGUGUGAAUGUGUGUUGUUGCUGGUUGAAUGGCAUAGACGUCUAAGUUGGAAUGCAGUGUCUGGCACACUGAGACACUUAGCUAGAAGGAUAUUGAUGUGUUGGGUUCAGUUUAACCUGGAAUAUCUGACUACCCAGGGGUCUUCAGAAAGGGGACCCAGCACCUGAGUUCAUUUACUGUUUUUUUUUUCUUCUGAGUUAUUAAGUGUAUUUCUUCUCCACCAACCUCUUCUUUAUCUUAAAUUAAGCGAUGGUGAUUUGCUCUCAUAUCCCAUUUCAAAUGCAGAUUGUUUUUAGUCCUGAUUGCAAAUAGCAAUGUCAUUUUUAACCAGUGUAGUCUCCACUUACUGGCUCCAAAGUACUUUUAAGUUGAGAUGUGAGAAUGCAACACUCUAACAUUACCAAAUCAAGCAUCAGAAUGUUUUACUUGUUAGAAUUAUUUGCAUUUUCAUGUUUAUAGUAGAAACUCUUUAAAUAGGGGAAACUGUAUCUCCAAAGGAAAUCCCUGUAAAUUCAGCCCAACCACAGCUCUUUUUUUCUUUCUUUUUUAAUUUAUUAAUAGCAUUUCUGAAAGCUGCACACAUUUAUUAAUUGGGUUUGCCCUUAACAGCAAAUAGGUUUUCUGGUUUUAAGACUUAUUUUUUUGUUUUAUUUUUUCUACGUCUUUUUCAUUUCCUUUAUAGUGUCCUUGGAUAAUAUUUUAGUGGUAAUGGAAAUUAGCAGUAAGCACAGGUUUUUGGAAGGGUGGUCUUUAUACAGGUUUUACUGUAAUGGUAAAGAUUGACUCAAGAGACAGUAUUAAUAAAUUUAUUUUGUAUGGAUAAAAAGUGAAUAACGUAUGAAUGAGAGUUGUAAGAAGGAUUUUUAUUUUGUUAUAACAUAAUUUACCAUUGUCAGUGUUAUUUCAGAGGUUCUUUGAAGAAUUUGGGGAAGGGGAGCAGAUUAGAGUUUUAAAAUUUGAGUAUUUUGGAUAUCAGUGUUCCUCAAGAAGAUAUACUUGUAUAUUCAAUUUUAUGGCUUUCAGAUUUGUAAGAUUGUAUGUUGUAUAGAUCAUUCUAUUAAAUGUGUACACAUGUCCACUGUGCUUUCAAACAUAGCUAAAGCAUGAUAAAGAUUAUUAUUUAAAGUAUACUUGUAUUUAUACCUCAGAUAUAUUCUUUUGGGUUUUGUACCUCAAGACUUUUUUUUUUCCUAUUGUAAAUACACUUGACGUGAAUACAGUCUAAAUGGGAAAAAAAAGUAAAAGGAAGAGGUUUAUAAUUUGCUCUAUAUCUGUACAGAAUAUAAUCAAUAUAAGUGCACUAUUAAAUGUUUAAAAUAAGGGAAAAGUCUGGUCUGCUUUCCUUUGUAUUGUAUUUCACCCCCACCCUUAAAACCACAAAUUCCAAAGCCAUAUCAUUCUAGCGUCAACUAAAAUCAAGAUACAGGUUUGCUGAAGGAAAAAUUGGACUGCAAAUCAUUGCAAGGCCAAACUGCAACUGAGCCACUCACUAACAAACAGGAAGCUCUGGUGAAGGUUCAAGAAGCACAGAGACUCCAAACAAAGGUCCAGUUAGGAAAUGAUGCUGAGAAAGAUGCAAGAAUAAGCAACAGCUACGGAAAGAUGCUCAUAAGCAAAACCACGGUCACCUAAUUCUACAAAAAGGUCUCUUUCCCACUGUUUGGCUUUGCUGGUGAAAGGAUUCCUUGCAUAUUUAAUGAGAGAAGAAUUCAAAGGCUGUGAACAUUUUAAAGAACCUGCUUAGAUGACCUAAAGCAUUAUUGCCAGGACUCCUUUGUGUGACUGCCUGCCUAGAUUGUAAGCUCUUUGAGGGCAGGGCUUAUCCACAUACCUAUUUAAUCUCCUACAGCAGCUUUUCAGUGUUUUGUACCUGUAGCACGUAAUAAAUUUAUUAUUUACUAAACUGAA